AUGGCUGUUCGAUUUAGAUUGGGAUUCGUAUGUGCUCGCUCAUGGCUCACACCAUUGAAACAAUCCAGUAUUCCAAGAAAGGAAUUACAAGCAAUGCUGCUUCUUAGUCGAUUGGUGGUUACUGUUCGCGAUGCGCUACGUCUUGAAAUCGAGUCUGUGAAACUUUGGACCGGCAGUAAAACGGUUAUAAGUUGGCUCCAAGGACAUUCGAAGGCCUUUCGAUCAUACGUCGCCUGCCGAGUUGGUGAAGUCACCCAGAACUUUGAUCCGGUCACAGAAAUCGCCUUUGUACCUACUGACGAAAAUGUCAUCGAUCUGGUAUCGCGUGGUGGAACUGUAGACCAAAUGAGAAAUGUGAUCGCGAGUCCAGCAUUCCUCCGCAAAUCGCCGUCAGAAUGGCCCAGCGCUCCAAAACUGAAAAUGAACUCUGAUGAUGCUGAACUGAAAAAGUUCCAUGUGCGCAAUGCCAAAGUCCUUGCUCUGAAACUAGUCGCUGACUUUCCGGAACAACCCAUCUUGAAUCCCAUCGAUUACUCAAGUUGGACACCUCUUACUAUGGUAACAGCAAGGAUUCUGUCGUUGUCCAAAUUACCGAAAAAUCAAUGGCUCAGUCGUCUCACAGAGACAGUCGCAAAGUUUCCUACCUUGGCGAGAAUCAAGGAAGCAGAACUCUAUUGGAUCAGAUAUGCCCAGCGAGAUCUGAACUUUACUGAUCACAACCUUCGGAAACUCAACCCAAUUCUCGAUGAGAAACAACAAGUGUAUCGCGUUGGAGCCCGUCUAGAUCGAGCUCCUGUCUCUUACGACAUGCGUCAUCCAUACUUACUGCCUAGAAGGAAUCGCAUCUCGCUCCUGAUUGCGCAUGAAAAACAUCGCUAUGCUCUCCAUGGUGGACAAUUACGCACAGUUACUGAGAUUCGAAGGUCCUAUUGGAUCAUUGGGGACAUGAAACUCGCUAGUGCUAUCAUAAAAGACUGUAAAAUAUGCAUCAGGAACAAUGCUCAGGCUCUUCAGACUCUGAUGGCCGAUUUACCGCUAUGCAGGUUGAAACCAUUCACCCCAGCAUUCUUCACAACCUUUGUGGAUUAUCUAGGUCCUAUCAAUGUGAAACUGAACAGAAACACUGUAAGUCGAGGUUAUGGUGCUUUGUUUACCUGCGCUGUCGUCCGUGCUGUGCACGUAACCUGUGUUCAGGACCUGACCACAGAAGCAUUUCUGAUGGAACUUGAUCACUUUGUAGCUAUCCGUGGAGCUCCUGCCCAUAUGCGUAGUGACAAUGCAACUUGCUUCCGAGGAGCGGACAAUACGAUCAACGAUCUGAACUUGAAAUUUGACAAAGAGAAAAUCUUGGCAGCUAGCACCAGGUUCAAGAUUGACUGGAAAUUUGGUCCUGGUGAUGGGCCCCAUCACCAGGGGGCUGUCGAAAGAAUGGUUCAAGAGGUGAAAAAGGGCAUGCGACAUAUGGUCCAUGCUGAUAAGUUGACAUUCGUCGAGUGGGAAACUGUAUUUUCACAGAUUUCUGCAUUGAUUAACAGCCGUCCGAUCAGUGCAGUUGCAUCAUCGCCACUGGACGAACCCCCGCUGACACCCAAUCACUUCCUGAUUGGACGUGGAGAUUUGUUGUCGCCCGAAGUCCCAUGUGAGGAUUACAUUGGAGAUCUUCACAAACGUCGUGCUCUGUGCCGUAAACUAGUUGACAAUUUCUGGUGUAGGUGGAUGGUCAACAUCCAUAAACUAUCUGCUCGCUACAAAUGGUCUGAGGCUAGGGAAAACCUCAGAAUAGGUGACGUUGUUCUAGUCAUCGAUGACAAAAUCAAACGGCCGAGGUUGAAAAAGUAUUCCCAGGAGAGGACAAUUUUGUUCGAGUUGUCGACGUCAGAAUCCCCUCAGGACUGA